AGUAGGGCAUGAUUCGAGAUUUGUUCUUCCUUCAAGUUCAAAACAGCCUGGCGGGCUCCGGAAGCGGCGAAACGCAACCAGAUUAUGUCGGAUCCAAAUUAUGAACUACUGGAGACUGAGACAUUUUCGAUAAGUUCUCCACGUAAACGGAAUGCGAAGCGGGUUCAGCAGGAGCUGAUAAGAGCCAAUGAGAGAAGAAGCCGCCCAAGAAAAAUAGUGAUAGAGCGUUACUUGAAUUCUUCAAAGCAGCAAACAGCAAAAGUUGCUCACCUGUACUUACCCGAGCAGGGCCAGAAUGUUCAGAACGCGGUGGAUCUGUUCAUAACGAGUGAGCUCCAGAAAAUGUCCAUUCCAGUAAAAGAUGUCGGAAGGAAUACGAGCAACAAUCUGGUACAAACAAUCAUCCAGAAGUUUUUUGCUCAACCUGUUUCUAUUCAGCAGCAAUUCCUAAACGCAUCGGUUUUAUCCCAAACCAAUACAACAAAACCUUGCUCCGAUCCUUUUCUGAUAUUCAUGGACCUUCACAAGAGACAGUCGAAAUUAAAUCAUCCAAGAUUGAACUCUCGACGACCAAACGAUACUGAAAUUGGACCAUUUGCCGUCAACAUCAAACGAGCGGAAACGGGCGAGGAACCUGAUCCAACGCGGUUCCAUUUUGAGGAUGAUCAGCAACUAGUAGCCGAUGCUAAGGCUCUCUGGAAUGGAAUGAGUCCUGAUUUGAAGCUACCGUUUUUUAUGCAGGCAUUUCUUGCCUCACAUUUUCCCGAGUCAUUGGAUCAAGCGUUGUAAGCACGUGGCAAGGGUGCAUUUUAUGUGGGCGAGACAGCGCAAAAUCACGCAAGCUAAGGGGAGAUUAAAUAUGAAGUAUAACUAGUGAAUGCAAAUUAUAAAUGAAAAAUCAA